ACUACACAUAGCUCACAGUGCUAUUAUAAAAUUCAUGGCGAUGUAUACAAAUCGAUUUUGUUAAUUAAUUAUUGUACUUGUCUGAUUUAAGCAAAGCUGAGCUUGCGUUUAACGAGUAACACGGAUAGACAAGUAGCGUGUAUGUCCUGGAAGUUUGUGCGCAACAGACAACAGACUGAUCUCCAGCCGCGCGGGACUCAUCGGGAAAGAAGAAGAUCCACAGAUAUGAAAGAUAUAUUAGAAAUCGUCGCGCUUCUCUUGGGGUUUCUGGCGUGCGGGUCUGCUGUAUUAUCAUUGCAUUAUCACUCGUGGAAAGUGUCUACGGACGACGACAGUGUCAUCAUCACCUCCGACAUCUUUGAGAACCUCUGGAUGUCCUGUGCAGAUGACUCCACCGGUACUUUCAACUGCUGGAGUUUUCAGUCCAUGCUCGCCUUACCAGGUUAUAUCCAAGCAUGUCGUGCCUUAAUGAUCACAUCCAUUGUCCUGGGCACGUUUGGACUACUGUCAACUCUAGUGGGUAUGCAGUGCUCCAAAAUAGGAGGGGAAAAUUACAAAAUGAAGGGUCGGAUUGCUGGGGCUGGAGGUGUAUUCUUCAUACUUCAAGGUCUGUGCACGAUGAUCGCAGUGUCUUGGUACGCCUUCAACAUCACUCAGGAAUUCUUUGACCCACUUUAUCCGGGAAUAAAGUAUGAAAUUGGAGAAGGGCUGUACAUCGGAUGGGGUUCAGCUGCCAUGGCUUUAUGUGGAGGCAGCUGCUUGCUGUGCUCCUGUAGAUUGCGCAGCCCAGAGGAAAAAAAAUUACAUCUUGAGAACUUCAGAUCAUACUGCUACCAGCCUCAAUCCAGCAAUACUGUUCAGACGGCCUCCACGACAUCCAACAUCCCUUCCAGUCAAUAUGGACUCAAUACAUACGUGUAAGAAACCUACUGAAUACCUGGAAUCCAAAGUCAAGUUACUUACGGAACAGAACACACAAUGCAAGACCCAAUGCAAUAUGGUCAGCGUCAAACAUCAGAUUUCUAAUGUAAAUAUUCUGUAAGGUUUAUUGGACAAUUGACAUAUGUAAAUAGAUUAUUGGAUUUUUUUACGAUAAGUAUUUUUAAUAAAUGGUUGUGUACAAGAACUUGAAAAAAAAAA